UUGUAUUUUAUUUUAGAUAUUUAUUUUGAUAUUUAGAUGAUAUUUUUGGAUAAACUGAUGAAAUAACGUAGAUAAAGUGAAAAUAUUGGACACAUCAGCAUCAGUCAAGCAACAAAUUACAUUAAAAACAUUUAGUUUCUUCUUUUGUGUAAAAACUAUGAAAAUGAUCGCAACUCUCUUCGUUGUCUUUGCUUUUGCUUCUUCAGCUCUUGGUCAAUGUCCAGUUCCUCUACCUGUUCCUGCUGUUGAUCUCAGCAAAAUUGCCGGUCGAUGGUAUGAAAUUGCUGGAUUAACUGCUGGUGAAUUCAUAGAAAGCAGAGCAUGUACUACCCAUGAUUUCACUCCUCGAGAGGAUGGAAACUUUAAUUGCUCAUUUGGUGGAAUCAAAACUGAUGGUUCAAAGUUUAGUGACAUUGGAAUAGCCAAACGCACUGAUAUCCCAAAUUUACUCAAUCUCAAUUCCUUAACAGAAAUGGUUCCAUGGCCAAUCAAUUUCUAUGUAGCUGAUACUGAUUACGAUAACUAUCUGGCUGCUUCUUUUUGCAUGGACAUCCCUCAAUUAUUAAUAACCGUCCGAGUCGGUAUGAUUUUAUCCAGGACUAACACCAUGAGUGCUGACAAGUAUGCCGAACUGACCGAUUUGUUGGUUAAUAAAAUUGGGCUUCCUAGUGAUAGUAUUCAGUCAACAAUCCAAAAAGACUGUAAAUACUGGCCUGUUUCCGAGCUACAACAAUCCGAGGAAAUUGAAUAUUCACCUUUUAAUUGAUAACUUUUAACAAUGCAAUUUGCAUAAAUAAAUAAAUAGAUAUUUCAUCGCCUA